CAAGUGCAGACAUUUUAUAUUGCAGUGCUCCAUUAUUGACAUCCUGGUGUAUUACUUGUGCUAUAUACUGGUUUGCUAGUAAAGACAUAUAUGCAAAACUUGUGUGAUGGAGCCUGUGCUUGUACUACAAAUAGUUGGUAGUUUUGUUGCAUUACUCUUGUUCUAUAGCUUAUGGUCAUCAAGAACCAAAAAUUAUGAGAAAAUACUGGCCCCAAAACCAGAGGGAGCCUGGCCAAUCUUGGGCCACUUCCCGCUACUUGCUGGAACUGAUCCUGUUUUCAGGAUUUUAGGAGCCAUGGCCGAUAAAUAUGGUCCCGUGUUUAGAAUCCAGCUCGGCUUGCACCACGCCCUGGUUGUGAGUAGCAAGGAAGCAGUGACCGAGAUUUUCACUACUAAUGAUCUUAUUUUCAUGACUCGUCCUAAAGCACUUGCUCUGAAAUACAUGGGUUAUAAUGGUGCAUUGUUUGGAUUAGCACCGUAUGGUCCUUAUUGGCUGAAGAUGCGCAAAAUUUCCACCUUUGAGGUUCUAUCAAACAGCCGCCUGGAGCUACUCAAACCUGUGAGAGCUUCUGAAGUGACUACAUGCAUCAAGGAGCUCUACUCACUCUGCUGCACCAAUGAGGAGGUAGGUUCCGCCACUUUUGACAUGGCUAAAUGGCUGCAACAGGUGAUUAGCAAUUUAAUGACACAAAUGAUUGCUAGGAAGCGGUAUAACAGUAUUGGCCAAGGUGAGAAAGCAAUGGAAUCAAAGCGCUUCAAAAAAGCUUUUGAAGAUUUCUUUUCUUUAGUCGGAGCUUUUGAACUUUCAAACGUGAUACCAUUUACUGAAUGGAUGGAUUUGCAAGGAAAUCGUAGGGCCAUGAGAAGGACAGCAAAGGAGUUGGACUUCUUUAUGAGUUCUUGGCUCGACGAACAUAUUGAGGGCAGGGCCAGAAAAGGCAAGUCAAAAGAGGAUCGCGACUUCAUUGAUGUGAUGAUAUCGUUGUUUGAAGAAUCAGAUGGUUUUAUAUAUGGACACAAAACAGAAGAUGUUAUAAAGGCCACUGUCAUGACAAUUAUUUUUGCAGGAGCUGAUGCCUCUUCAGUUACCUUGACAUGGGCAGUUGCAUUACUUUUAAAGCAUAAGGAAGUGUUACUAAGAGCCCAACAAGAACUUGACACCCAUAUUGGAAAAGAACGAUGGGUAGAAGAAUCAGAUAUCAAGCAUCUGGUAUACCUCCAAGCCAUCAUAAAAGAAUCAUUACGACUCUACCCUGCUGGUCCCCUGUCAGUGCCUCGUGAGACCUUAGAGGAUUGCACCAUAUCAGGUCAUUAUGUCCCAAAAGGGACUCAACUUUUGGUGAAUAUCUGGAAACUCCAUCGAGACUCAGGAACAUGGACUGACCCUUACAAAUUUCAACCAGAGAGGUUUCUGACUAGUCACGCAGGAAUUGACGUAAGAGGUCAGCAGUUUGAGUUCAUUCCAUUCAGCUCGGGAAGGAGAUCGUGUCCUGGAAUGACAGCCAGUAUGCAAAUGAUGCAACUAACACUAGCUCGUCUACUUCAGGGCUUCAAUUUGGCUACUCCCAUGAAUGAACCAGUUGAUAUGACUGAAGCAGCAGGGAUAACUGUGCAUAGAAAAUAUCCAUUACAAGUUGUGCUUAGUCCACGCCUCCCAAGUAGGCUUUACCAGGAAUAGGUUAUACACCAUCUGGACUUCAUCAGUGGCCAUUGUUGAUGCAUGUGUGUGUUAAUAAUUACUCUUUUGUACAUGUUAAAUAAGGGAAUUUCCAUUAAUCUGUUUGAUAUUUCCUAGUCGUCGUGAAAAAAUCAAGAAAAUUUUGGUACUAUGUUUGUACUGCUUUCAAACACUA